UACAACAGCUGAGAAAGCAGACAGACCAUCACCCAUCUCAACAAUGAAGUCAGCAGCUCUCCUCGCACUUCUGGCUGUCCUGCUCUUCGUAGAUGUGAGAGGGCAACGGGAUUCUGUGGGAAGAUGCAAGUGCCAGGGUGCAGGGGUCAAUGCCGUCCGCCCAAACCGCAUUGAGAGGUUAGAGGUGUUUCCCCCCUCCUCUUCAUGCAAUACAAUGGAAAUCAUUGUCACUCUGAAGGAGAACGGAGGACAAAAGUGCCUGAAUCCAGAGAGCAGUUUUGCCAAGAAUUUCAUCAAGAAAGUAAACAAAAAGAGAAAUGCACAGUAAUUCCACUGGAAAAGUUUACUGAUCUCUCUCUGAUUCUAGAGGCAGCUAAUAUUGUGAAUACAAUUUGUUUCACAUCAAGACCAUACCAGGGAGACUCCUAAUUUUUUAACAUAGACGUUAUAUCUAUCUAUCUGAGUACUUUUAUGUUUAUUUGCAAGAAUUAUGUGGUAUGCCUGUUAAUGUCCGGUGCCUGUUCCGUGAAAUGCUUUGUUUAAAUUUGUUUAAAUGUG